AUGAUCCGAAAACAAUUUAAGCUUUUAUUUGUUUUUGAUGCCACCACAACAAGUAAUCAGGAGCCGCCAACCUGUCUUCCAAAUGGUAGCAAAUCAAAUUGGCCAACAGCAAAGCAGGGCUUACCUGCCUGGACCGACCUGGAGCGUGGAGCUAAGUGCAAUGAGCAUACAUCAUGACCUGAAGUUGCAUUUGGACACUGGCCGAGUACGAGUGCAAUUGAUGGAUCACCGAAAACCGACUGCCCGCAAUCGUUGCUGCUGCAGUUGCUGCAGCAGUUGCUGUUUGUGCUGCGGCAGUUACUGCAGCACUUGCAGUGGGACCCGCGCCAAAUGAGUUGA